AAUGAGACACAAAUACAUUGAGAAAGGAAGGAUAGAUACCUAGUUUUGAAUUUUUGAUUACGUUCGUUACGGUUGAUUUAUAGUUAUUCAAGUAUUAUAAUAUUAUCUGAAGUAGCUACAGUAAAUAAUUGAUUACAUCUGUUACUGCAAUACUCAUACAAAAAUCAUGACUGCAGACUCUGAAAACAAUUAUUGUUUCAAAAGUGAAAACAAAUUUAUUGUCAAGAGUGGAAACAAAAAACGUAUGUGGAGAUCACUAAAACAAAUACUGACUGCUGAGCGGGCUUUACCUUGGCCUCCCGAAGCUGUGUUAUAUUAUUCUAUCAAUGCUCCGCCGACAUUCAAACCAACGAAAAAAUAUUCUGACAUAUCAGGACUGCCAGCUCCUUACAUAGACCGUCACUCAAAGCUGCAUUACAGUAAUGUUGAAGAGUUCACCACUGUUAGAAGCCUACCAAUGGACAUAACAGCAGGUUACCUUCAACUGAGAGGAGCAAAUACAAUUGUAGGUUAAAAAGCUAUAAAUUGAUUAAUCAAGGUCUACAGUGUUUGUGCAACAUCUAAAUGAUCCUUAGUUGUGAAUCUUUAUCAUUGCAUUACUUACAUUCUUGUUUUCUCUUAUUGGACCUGCAGCUAGGUAUUUGAGGUUCCUCAUUUAGUAUAAUUUGUGAUAUAUGUAAUAUGUAUAUAAUAUUUAAUUUAUUUACUUCAGUAAAUAACUCAAUCUCAAUAAACACCCACUUGGUUUGUAUAGUAAGGUGAGUUACUGAAUAAACAUCUAUAUAUUUUGUAUCAAAUA